AUGUUUUUAAGUGCAAUUCAGAAGUGUUGCAGUACAUUUGCAUGCACUUCUGCACUCACUGCGGGGACUACAUCAUAUCCGGGUUUACAUUUGCAGUCAGAUUCAGUAUCACUUGAUCAGUGUCAUUCGACUAAUGCUCGUCUAAAAACAGAGCCGUCGUUCAAAAAAAGUCCUCAUCUAGAAAUUAAAAAAUUAGAGUCACCGGUUACGAAAGAUUUUCUUGAAUAUUCUGAAGAUGGGAAGUCUCAAAUUCUGGAAAAAAAUUCGAAAGACCCUGAAAAGCAGAGUUUGGCACAACUCGGUUCACGAAAAGAAUUUUAUUUACGGGAAAAUGAAGUCAAAAUGGCUAAAAGUACAGGCGUCGGUAUUGGUGACAAAAGAUUGGAAGCAUAUCUGAUGAGUGCACUAUUUUCGAAAUCUCCGGAUGGAAGUACGCUUAAUGGUAUAAACAUCUCCGUGUUUGAUUUACAUUCAAGGCGUUUUGCUGAGCGAUUGCUAAGUGCCGGUGUUUCUAGUCUUUCUAUUAUUGAAACAUCACAACAUGAAGCUCAAAAAGCGAAGAGUUCACAGUUGGAAGUUUGGAGUUUACAAUUUCCAUGUAGGUCUGAACGAAUUGUAUCAUUAAUGUAUAUUGACUUAUGA